GAACGGAAUGCGUUGGUCGAAUCGUUUUAUUAUGCGCAAUGAGUGCGCAGCGUUGUUUGCCUCCAGCACAGAGCUGCCUGCAUGUUCAUGGGUGUGCCGACUAGUGUUUAAAGGCUGAAGCUUCGUUCUGACUGAAUCCCUUUGUAGAAGUAGAUCUGCUGGCAUGAGUUACGCGAUGUCCACUGCAGUUGCAGUGUCGGUUGGAGUGGUGCUGGUCUCAACAGCAGGUCUGCUGGGUUAUUAUUACUUCAACAGGAAAAGGAAACCACAGAUUACCCUGAUUAAUCCCUCUGAAAAAUACAAAUUGAGACUAGUAGACAAAGAGAUCAUAAGCCACGAUACCCGCAGGUUUCGGUUUGCCCUGCCCAGUCCAGAGCAUGUUUUGGGAUUACCAGUAGUACAGAGGUUUGCAGGGUUUGGUCUGAAGCAUGCUGACAUCCCACACCUGUCCUGUUGUUUUGAGGUCAGAAAGUCAGUGUCCAGCGACGAUGACAGAGGAUUCGUUGACCUCGUUGUGAAGAUUUAUUUUAAGAAUGUGCACCCAAAGUUCCCAGAAGGGGGAAAGAUGUCCCAGUACUUGGAGAGUUUGAGGAUUGGAGAUGUGAUUGACUUCAGAGGACCAGGAGGUUUGCUGGAGUACAAGGGGCAAGGUCAGUUUGCUAUACAGGCCGAUAAGAAGACCCCUGCUGAGACUAAGACUGUAAGAACAUUGGGUCUUAUAGCUGGAGGAACUGGCAUUACGCCCAUGUUGCAGCUGAUUCGUGACAUCAUCAAAAACUCAAGUGAUACAACGACAUGCAGCCUGCUGUUUGCCAACCAGACUGAGAAGGACAUUCUGCUGAAGGAUGAUCUGGAGGAGAUUCAGGCGAGGCAUCCGGAUCGCUUCAAACUCUGGUUCACAGUGGACCAAGCUCCUGCAGAUUGGGAGUACAGUCAGGGCUUCAUCAAUGCUGAGAUGAUUCAGGAGCACCUGCCUCCACCCAGUGAUGACUCUAUGAUCCUCAUGUGUGGUCCACCUCCCAUGAUCCAGUUUGCAUGUAAUCCCAACCUGGACAAACUGGGCUACAGGCAGAGCCAACGUUUCGUCUAUUAGACCAUUCUCAAUGCUCCGGGCCCAGACACAAAUUACUCCAAAGAUACUAAAUUGCACACAAUUGUGUUUAAGCUAAUAUUGCAUUACAAAUCUCAUCAUAUAUAUACUUUUUAUGGACAGUAUAUAAUAAAUAUUAAAUGUGUAAGUGCUAGUCUGUCCGGAGGUAAUUGGUUCUUCAUAGUAAAAGCCUAUUAUUCUAAUACGAUACAGAGACGGUCUGCUGUGUCCUCGGGCUUUAUAUUGACUAUUGUGGCUUGAUGUGCUAUACAAUAAGAUGCUGAUACUACAAAAAAGCCCCAAUUUAAUGCACUAAAAAAGGCACUAGAGUUUUAAGACACCUGCUUGCUGAAUUUAAUGCUGAAUAUUAUAAUUCACGUGCCUGUGUGACAUGACUGGCAUUCUUGUUUGUUUGAUGUAUGUAUACAUUGUUAUGAUAUGCAUUUGCUGUCACUGGAGUAUUUUUGUAUGCAUGCUGCACUCCAUGUGUUUAUCUUUUUUAUUAAGCAUAUAUGAAUUUAAAAAGCAAUGCAAUUGUUUUCUAUGAAAUGCACUAAAGCAACAAAAAAGUGCUUAUUAAAGUGUUUUCACUGGCAUUUUAUCGUGUUUAAUUGCUCCCCCCAGCAUUGCAUGGCCAAAGCAGAUGAUUUUAUAUAUGUUGUGGUUGUAUGAUGCUCACAUUUGAAUUGACUGCUAUUAUAAAGACUCCCUAGGAUGAGGAUUGGGGAUUAUAGGAGAUUGUCAG